UCGAUUUAGCGACCCAAGUUCAAAGCGCAUGCGCGCUGUUACCUUCUUCCUUUCUUCGCACAGUGUCGGCCAUGGCACCGUUUAAGAAGCCAGUAGUGAAGGGUGGUAAGAAGAAGAAGCAGCUUCUGAAGUUCACCCUGGACUGCACCCACCCCGUGGAAGAUGGCAUCAUGGAUGCUGCCAACUUUGAGCAGUUCCUGCAGGAACGCAUCAAGGUGAAUGGAAAAGCUGGGAAUCUGGGUGGUGGUGCGGUCUCCAUCGAAAGAAGCAAGAGUAAAAUCUCAGUGACCUCAGAGGUCCCCUUCUCCAAGAGGUACCUGAAGUAUCUUACCAAAAAGUACCUGAAGAAGAACAACCUGCGAGACUGGCUGCGUGUGGUGGCCAACACCAAGGAGAGCUACGAGCUGCGCUACUUCCAGAUCAACCAGGACGAGGAGGAGGAAGAGGACGAAGAUUAAAUCUGUUAUGUUAUUCUUUUGUAAAUUCAAUAAAUUUUCAAAAGAACCA